AUGCCGCAGAGAAAGAAUCGCAGCUCAACUUUUGACCUUUCUCAGAGAGAUGAUGGUGAGACUCAGCAAAUUUCAAGCCUUUUUGAUUAUAAUUACAGAAACCAUUCAAAGAGAUCAAUUAUAAGCCCCAGUGCUGCUAAAGGAAAUGUUCCUAGUUAUCUUUUCCCAGAUUCAAUGAGAAAGAAAGGCUCUGCUCUUGUACCUGAUUUUAUAAAUCAAGGAGGAAUGAUGGCUAAAAAUCCAAUCCUUGAUAGGCCAAUGCCAGAAGCAGCCAUAAGAUCCAUGUACAACAACGUAAUGUUUCCUGGUAGUGUAAUUCCUGAUUUCAUGAUGAACUCAAAGAGAGUUCCAUUAAUGGAAUCUGUCGACAACAUUUCUAUCAUUCCUCCAUUACCUGGCCAAAAAUAUCCCUCAAAUCCAUACUAUAAAGUAUACAAAGAUAAUAAGAGAAAGGCUAGGCAAGGAAGAAAAAGAGGCCCUAGAGGACCAGAGUUACCAAAAGAGCAUCUAAACCAAGUAUUGAACAACAUAAAGAUCCCUGGGUAUGACUUCUCUUCCCCACAAAAUGAUGUUGAAGAGAUCCCUGACCCUUCAACCUCAUCAUAUGCCCAACAGCUAAAGCGUAGGGAAAUUAAGAAAGCAGAAAAGAAGAAGCGAAGCGAGAAAGAAGCUCUUGAAAAGGCAAUAGCAAACCAAUGGAACCCUGUAUGUACAACCAAUUUCGGUGAAAGGAUGGUAGAGUAUCUCCGCAAAAGAGAUUUUCGUGAUAAAAAGCUCAAAGAAAGAGAUGAGACUCAUGUGAGAGGGAGAAAGAAAGACUUUCAAGACCAACUCUUACAAUAUGCUGACAAGGAACUCAUCUCUAAUGCAAUGAAGCAGUAUCAAAAGAAACGAUCCUUAGAGCAGAAAGAAGAGGAACAAGAGUUAGAUAGCGAGAUUUAUAACUCUAUUUGCACUCAAAAUCAAGUUAACAUUGGUGCUUUUGCAAUUAUCGAACAGAUUAAGGAUCAGAAAAAGCUGACAAAUCCAAAUUGGCUGUAUCUGGAACACAAAGGCCCUGUGUAUCCUCUAAGUCACCAAACCCAUAACGUAAACUUGAAAUAUAAUAACGCUACUAUCAUAAUGGAUCAUAUGCAAGAAGAAGUAGCAAUAUUGUGGGUCAGAAUGCAGUUUGAGUACCCUGACCAUGUCGAAAUCCCUGACUUUCGUGAUUCAUUUGCAGAGAAUUUCUUGAAGCUGUUCGGUAACAACUUCACUGAUUUCAAAUGCUUUGAUUUUAGUGACAUUAAGACCUUUUUGUUGGAAACAGAAUAUAAGUACUGAGGGAACGAACUUGUCAGAAAUCCAUCAGCUAUUGCAGCUCAAUAUCCAGAGAGUUAUAACCAAGAAGCUAUUGUUAAUGGAGAAAGACAUUUGAUGGAUAGAAACUUCAUCGGACAGCCUAUUAGACUCUACCUACCCAAGAAGAGCAAUAAGAUGAAUAAUCAGUUUGGAAGUAUAAAAUAUAGAGAUAGACCUUGAACAACUGUUCUGAAUCUCAGCGUUGAUGCUCCUAUUCCCAUCCCUCCAGGAAAGGGAGAAUGUUGGAACAGUGUUAUAUCUGACCCAGAUUUAGAAUGGAUAAUAGCAUUUAAGGAUAGAAAUAACAACAUUAACUCAGUCAGCUUCAGUAAGAAACAAACUCCAGGCAAAGAGCUACCGUGCAAGAAGAGACAAUUGGAGAAGUUUCUCUCUUUCAGAGGAAAAGAAGGAAUUUCUAAAGGAAUCAAAGCCAAUCUUUGAAGCAAAUCUCAGAUAAAAAUCUAUGAUUCAGCAUAUGAAUUAUCGAAAUCUAUCAAAUUUAUCAGGUCAGAUUACCAGAAAAGAAUUGAAAGUAGGGACAAAAUUGAGUGCUUAUGAGCCAUCUGUGUAUACUUGAUAGAUAAUCUCGACUUGAAGAUAUCUGAUGAGAAAGAAAAGCCAAUCCAAGGAGUUAUGGAUAUUACAACGACCUGCCUUACUUUUUAUCCAAAUUGAACUAUCAAACUCCGUCUUGGUCCUAGGUACCGCUGAAAAACAAGAAUAGACCAAUUAGUUUACAAAAUCCUAAAAAUCCUAGUUGAGGAGAGGAAGUUUAGGACCCAACAAGACCCUUCUCUGAGCAAAAUGAUAUUUGAAGAUUUAAAUGUUGAAAUCUUAGAGCAAUACUUAAACCUUUUGCUAAAAGAUUUAAGGCCUCAGCACUUCUUUAUCUACAACUCAAGUAUUAAGUUGCAAAACCUGCUUUCCAAAUACGAGAAUGUUUAUGGUAAGAAAGGGACAGAUUCUGGAGGAGUUUUCCAGAACUUCUCCUCCCAAUGUUCAAAGAUGAGUGUGGAUACUACUCGGACUGAAGACUGCCGAGGGCUUGUUAAUAAAAUUGUGCAUCUGACCCGUUCUACUUCAAAAGUCAUCAAGAUUUCUUACAAUGAUCAUGAUAUUAUCAAACUUGAUGGAAUCGUUGAGGAUCUACAUGAGAUGUACCAGAGGAAGAGAGACCUAGAGAAUGAUGUAGAUGGAGAGUCAAGUAACACCUGCUCUCAAAACUCAGAGAUCCCUAACGCUUUAGAAUUAAAAGAAACUGCUAACAAAAAAUUGAUGGAAUUAGAAGAGAAUAUUCUCUAUUCCCCAAAGAACACUCAGUUGAUUGACUCUAAAUAUGUUUAUUCCAUAUUUGACCCUAGGGUUAUAUACUCGUGGCUGAAGAGAGAGGGAGUUCCUCCUGACAGAGUUCUGGCACCAGGAUAUCAAUCAAAGAAUUGAUGGGCAAGUGAAGUUCCUAAAAACUUUCAAUAUUUCUAAUUAUUAAA